GCAAGUUGCAGUGGAGAACAAGGAAGUACGAAGUGCAAGUCAAGCUGAGGUGUGGCCUGUAAGUCACUUCACCUCCAUCUACCUGAAGACGGGACGAGUGGCACCGCUAACAGGGACUCUUCUAAUGCGCUUUACAAGGAGUGGCGUGGGUGUAAUGGUGUGCUGUUUGCCAUAAGCAUUCUUCAAAAUGGCAGGUGAUACCAACACACUGUCAUGGAGGGUGCUAAGCCCAGACUUUGAUGGGCCCAAAUCACCUGUGUUUGCCCUUGCUGGAGAGAAAGGCCCUGUGAAAAUCCUUAAAGUCUGCUUCAGCAGCAGCAACAACCUAAAAAACUUCAAACUUGUCAAGUGCGAUAGCUCCUGGCAGAUAAGGGCCAUCAUCCAGUCCAUCCUGAUCAGUGGCCGUUUGGGACCUAAUGUACAGAAUGCCAGUUGCUUUGGCCUGAGACUCAAACAUCUGAAGUCUGAGCAGCAUCACUGGCUACAUCCUGAUUUGACUGUAGGUGAGGUAGAGCAGCGCUAUGAAAAACUCCAUGUGGAGGCAGAGUGGAGAUAUGACCUGAGGAUUCGCUACAUACCAGCUAAUUUCUUGGAGAAGUUUAAAGAAGACAGAACGUCACUGUUAUAUCUUUAUCACCAGGUUCGCAGUGACUACAUGCAGCACUACUCUAGUAAAGUCAGUGAUGGUAUGGCAUUGCAGCUGGGUUGUCUGGAGAUCAGGAGGUUUUACAAAGACAUGAAUGCCAAAGGCCUUGAGAAGAAGUCCAAUUUUGAAUUGUUAGAGAAAGAUGUCGGACUAGACCUUUUUUUCCCACAGAAACUGAUUGACAGUAUGAAACCGAAGCAGCUCAGGAAGAUGAUCCAGCAGACGUUUCAGCAAUAUAGUACACUCAAAGAGGAAGAGUGCAUGGUCAAAUUCUUUAAGACCUAUGGGGAAUUCAUUAAUUUUAAUGAAGAGGUUUUUCCUUGUGAACUAGUGCAAGGCUGGAGUCUAACAGUGGAUUUAGUCAUCGGAGCAAGAGGUAUUCGCCAACGCGCACAAAGCGAUUCAUCGACAGUUUGUCUAGCUGAGUUUAAACAGAUCCGAAGUAUUAAGUGCACUGCACAAAGUGACACCAAAUCUCUGCUAGACAUUGACAUCAAGGGAGCUAAACAGCCCUUCUCAGUCAAUGUGCCUACGUUAGCAAUGGCAGAGAACAUGGCUGACCUGAUCGAUGGCUACUGCAGGUUGGAGAACAACACCGAUUCAUCAUUAAUAUCUCGGCCCAAUAAAAAUACAGAGCUCCGUAACUCCCUUCCUGCCAUCCCCUCAUGUCUAGGGUUGCCUGAACCAUCAAAAGAUAAUGAACGGCACAGUAGGAAUUCUGAUAUAUACUGUGAAAUUAUGGAUGAAAAACCUCCACCUCCUGCGGUGAAAUACGGAAUCUCGAGAAAGUCCAUCGUUUUGGGACGUAUUUUGGGCGCAGGUUUUUUUGGAGAGGUCUUUGAAGGAGUUUACACAAAAGAGAAUGGUGAGAAGAUCAAAGUGGCUGUAAAGACCUGUAAAGAGUGCUCACCUGAUAUCAUGGAUAAAUUCAUGAGUGAAGCAGCUUUAAUGAAAAAGCUGGACCACCCUCAUAUAGUGAGUCUGAUAGGUAUUAUAGAGGAAGAACCUGUGUGGAUCGUCAUGGAGCUCUACCAGUACGGUGAGCUUGGAGAUUACUUGAACAAAAACCAGAACACUUUGACCAAUGUCACACUAGUCCUGUUUAGCCUACAGAUCUGCAAAGCUCUGGUUUACUUACAGGGAAAGAACAUGGUACACAGAGACAUCGCUGUGAGAAAUGUGCUUGUCGCCACACCAGACUGUGUGAAGCUCGGUGACUUUGGCCUAUCCAGAUACAUAGAGAAUGAGGAAUAUUACAAAGCUUCUGUUACACGAUUGCCAAUCAAAUGGAUGGCCCCUGAGUCCAUAAACUUCCGUCGGUUCACCACAGCCAGUGACGUGUGGAUGUUUGCUGUCUGCAUGUGGGAGAUACUGAGUCGGGGGCAGCAGCCUUUCUUCUGGCUGGAGAACCGAGAAGUUAUUAACCAGCUGGAGACGGGCAUCAGACUGCCCAAGCCGGAGCUGUGCCCUCCUGCCCUGUACUCACUCAUGACCCGCUGCUGGAGCUACGACCCCAACGAGAGACCCACCUUUACUGAACUUGUCUGCAAAAUCAAUGAUGUUCACAAAAUGGAGAAGGACCUGGAAGCAGAGAAGGAGAGAGACAGACAAAGAGCCACCAGGUUUCUAGAGCCCAAGUUCAACUUUAGUGAACCACCUCCAAAGCCCUCAAGACAAAACCCUGGUCGUUUUGGGAAUACCCUCAGCAUCGGUCUGCACAUCCAGCUAAGCGAGGCUUUGUGUGCCAGCUCUCCGGAUCUGGUUAGUCCAGGUGAUUAUCAGUCUCCUGUAGACUCCACCAACAACCUCGUAGUUCCCAGCAUGACUGUUCGGCGCCUCAGUCUUGGAGAGGGGGAGUUCAGCGUAGGACCAUCCAGCAUGGAGGACGCCCAGCGCCUGUGGCAGUUAGAAAAGGCGCGGAUGCAGGAGACCAUAACGAAACAGAAAGAUGAGAUGGUGGAGGAUAAACAGUGGCUGGAGAAAGAGGAGAAACUUCUGGACCCUAAAAUAUAUGAGAGCAAAGUUGUUGUGAUGGAACCAGACCCUCAGCCGAAUAACAAUGAACAAAAGCCCCCUGAAAAGCCCCCAAGAAUUUCCGUGCAGCCUGCCCCAACAGCAGAGCUAGAUCGCUCUGAGGACAAGGUGUACCAGUGUGUCAUGGAUCUGGUUAAAAUGGUAGUGCAGCUGAAAAAUGAUGUGAACACACUACCAUCCUCUGAGUACAUAUCCAUAGUCAAGUCUGUUGGAAUGACGUUGAGGGAUUUAAUUUCCAGUGUUGAUGACGUUCUUCCCUCUGUACAAGGAGCUAUAAGGACUGAGAUUGAGGGCACACAGAAGCUGCUGAAUAAGGACAUGGCGGAGCUGAUUGGUAAGAUGCGGCUGGCCCAACAAAACGCCAUCACCUCUUUGAAGGAGGAGUGCAAGAAGCAGAUGCUGGCAGCAGCUCACACGCUGGCCAUGGAUGCCAAAAACAUGCUGGAUGCAGUUGACCAGGCGCGUGUGCGUGCCAACCUGGCCAAGCCCAAACCUGAGAAUGCAGAUUCCAAUGAUACAGACUAGAGAGAGAGAGAGAGGGAGGGAGGGAUAAAGAGAGAGAGAGACAGAGAGAGAGAGAGACAGAGAGAGAGAGAGAGUCCGGUUCAGUAUACUCACACAAACAGUCUGAUUCAUCAUCUCUUUUCUAUGCCGUCAAAACGGGUACUGUUCUAAUUCAGAUAUACACAUCAUGUAAAUGGUCACUAAGAGAGGUAUUUAAGUUCUAAUUAUGUAGCUUCAAUGGAUUUUAAAGGUACACUACAUUCUCUUGGUACAGAAUAUAUAUAUACUGGGGUAAUAGUGUCAAUUUUAAUACUCCUUUUGUUUUAUUGUAUCCUGAAUAUGGAUUGUGCCUGAAAUAAAUGGCUGAUUAUAAAUUAUACUAUCACUUCAAAUUAAUUUUCAUUUUAGUCAGGAACCCCGACUGUCUCAGGACACUGGACAACUACAAAGUCUAGCUCCAAGAAAUAUAAUCUUCGAUAUAGGCGAGUUAUGGGGCAUAUUUUAGUGUGAACUAAAUUUCUUGGCGAAAUUUUGGACUCAGUUUCAUCUAUAUUCUGGAGAGCAACCUCGCUUCUCUACAGUGAAGUAAUAUAUUUCCCUUCAGUUUCCUGUUCUGACCUGCCAGCUGCUGAUACAAUCGAAUACAUGCCUUAAAUUCAGUGGCAGUGUGUUGCCGUAUAAAGGGAUGAUUAGCUCUAAUACUAUUAGUGUAAAACUUUUUGCAAACAGUCAGUGGUCAAGACAGAUCUUUACUAAUAUAUAGAGCAAAAGAAAGAGUCUUCUUUCAUAUUCUUUCUCAAAUCUGUACGGUUCAAGGAUAUGUGACGACAUAUUUAGAAGCAAGAGUUAGAUCAAAUUUGAUCAGGUUUCAUAAAUGACAUGUUAGUAUCGAGUCUCGAGUUUUUUUGUACAUUUUUGCAACAAACUGAGCUAAUAAAAUGACAAUAAAAUAAAUGGUCUCAUAAUGAACAUUUGUAUGGCGUUAAAAACAAUUUGUAGAUGUGUCUGUGGGUGUUAUAUUACUAGUGUUUUGAAAUAAUUAUCGAAUUAUAUAAAAUCUCUGGGUCUUAGUUUAUUAAGUACUUUGAUUAGUGAUGAUGAAAAAUGUCUGAUUUCACAAACACAAGGCAUAAAAAGAGAGUGCGUAAUUCAUCUGAAAAUGUGACGAAUGAUCAUUAGCAAAAUGUAUAAACUUAGAAAGUGAAACAAUUAACAAUUGCAAAAUGUUUAUGAUGUUUCGGUUGAAGAGCUUGUAGUUUUAAAUCGUUUGCCCUGUAUUUUGCAGCUCGUUUAUUUGUGUAAAGUGAAUUUUGUACAAGACUGUCAUUCAUUUCAAAAGAAUAAAAUCAACAGUGAAAUUCUGCCUGUAUAAA